AUGAGACCGAGACCAGGUACAGAGACAACAAACCACGACGGAUGUCUUGGUGCCUUCUGCAUGUUCUAUCUACCACGAGAGGGUCCGAGAAUAACUGGGAAUGAGCAAGAAAAUAGAGUAGGAGAUUCUCUCUUCCUAAACUGCACCUCUGGGCGAUCGUACCCUGGUGCGGUGCUCAGUUGGGAUAUUGAUGGUGAAAAGGUGACUGACCCAAAUCUUUUGGUCCAAUACCCACCAAUCCAGCACGCGCAUGGGUUGGUUUCAACAGCCUUGGGCUUGCUGGUGCCAACGGGGAAAACCAUGCAAGUCAAAUGCACGGCCAGAGUGGCUCCUGCUUGGCGGGAAGGCAGUGAAGCCGUGGUUGGUAAUAGCCAAGUAGCGGAUAGUAAAGAGGCCAUGUUAUUAGUGCGAAGUUCAGCCGUGGCGCCUACAUUAAGUAUAACAUUGUUAACACUUUCUCUUCUUCAAAUCCUCUUAACACAAUCAGAGACGUGA